AUGACUCCCACUCACUUCGUCACUCUUUUCCUUGCAUUUCUUUCAUUGUGUCAUGCCCAGCAGCUCCAGCAAGAAAGCGCCGAAUACAUCAUCUUUGCAAAACGGGGCACCACGAAAGCAGACGCAGAUGGGUUUGCCAACGCCCUCCAAGCUCUCGUGGGCGAGGCGGCCGAAAUCGGCUCCAUCUUGGACUUGAACGGAGUUCCCAUCAUGUGGCGAGCGCAGCUGAAGCCCGACCAGCUCGACAAGGUAAAAGCUGACCGCGUUAUCGCCGGCGCUGCACCAAACGAGAGAACCAUACCCCACGACCCAACACCCGACGUUGCCGAUGAUGUCGAUUCAGACGUCGAACCUUCUCUAGGACCAGCCCCGGAUGAAUCGGCUACUGUGGCGAAGAGAGCAAACUAUAAACAGGAACCGACUCCGAAGAACAGGAUAUUCGACCUGCGCAUCCUUUCAACGCCGCCGCAGGCGAAAAGCAUCGCGCCCAACUUCUACUACGAAGACCCGGCUGGCGAAGGCAUCACUGUCUACCAGGUCGACCUCGGCCCAUUCUCCCUGGACCACGACGAGUUUGCGACCGCCUCCAAGGCGACUCGUCGGCCCAUCGACGUGAGCACGAAGAGAGGGCGCCCCGCCUCUGACGCGGAGCACGGAACCUGCAGUGCUUCCAAGAUUGUGGGCCGGACGACCGGGACAGCGAAGCGCGCGAAUCUCGUUGCUGUCCGGAUAGACGAGACCGAUUGGGGCGUCGUCUCUGGGCUCCGGGCCGCCGCCAAGGACAUCUUCGACCGCAAACUGAAUGGGAAGGCUGUGGUGUCAAUCUCGGUCUACGCACGACCGCACUUCCCGCACAUCAUGGACGGGGUCCGCGAUGCGGUGGAGGCUCUCGUGAGCCUGGAUGUCCCCGUCGUCUGCCCGUCUGGCAACAAGGGGAUACGGGGAGAGGUUGUCGAGGUGGACGGCUUGCCGGCCCUCUUGGCCAAGGACUUGCCCGUGAUCGUGGUCGGCUCGGUCAACAGGACACUCGAAAAGUCCUAUUUCAGUCAGCAAGGAGACCUCGUCACCACCUGGGCCGUCGGCGAGAAUGUCAGGUGUGCCGACUACAAACAACCCUCCGAGCUGAUGGCCAACACGGGCACAUCCUUCUCCGGACCACAAGUCGCCGGCAUCGCGGCCUAUUUCAUGUCGCACCCGACCUUCAGCACCCGUCUCCGCAAGGGCACUGUCGCUGCUGACAUGCGCGACCUCAUCCGCAAGACAUCGUUCCCGCGCAUCAGGGAGGCCGGGUACCCUCCCAUUGCUUGGAAUCUGUGGGGUUUGGAAAAAGCCUGCUCCCCCAAAACGGCACCACCAGGAAGGCGGUCGAGGAUGGGCACCGUCGAAAGUCGUGCGCUCCCUGCUUGCUCUCUUGUGCCUUGA